AUGUAAAAAAUAGGGGAACUUAAAAAAUGACAUAAAGUUCCUCAAUCUUUGGAGAAAGAUGAUGAUUCCUUCAGAAAAAACUAAUAAUACCUUUCUAAAUUACUUUGUCCUGUUCGUUUGGGGUAUUUUGUUGAUGGAGGUUGGUUUAGGACAAAACCAAAUACGUGAAAUCAAAGUAGGAGUAGUUCUUGAUCUCCAAACUAAUUUUUCCAAGAUCUGUCUCACUGCCAUUAACUUGUCCUUGUCCGAUUUCUACAAGAAUUAUUCUAAUUACAGCACAAGACUUGUGCUUCAUGUCAGAGAUUCCAUGGAAGAUACUGUUCAAGCUUCAGCCGCAGCCUUGGACCUAAUCAAGAACGAGCAAGUGAGCGCCAUCAUCGGACCAAGAAACUCUAUGCAAGCAGAGUUUAUGAUCAGACUCGCCAACAAAACUCAAGUACCAACCAUCACAUUCUCUGCAACAAGUCCUCUUUUAACAUCCAUUAAAAGCGAUUACUUCGUCCGAGCCACUAUCGAUGACUCAUACCAGGUCAAAGCCAUUGCAGCCAUUUUUGAAUCCUUCGGAUGGAGAAGUGUCGUCGCAAUUUAUGUGGACAACGAGUUAGGUGAAGGAAUCAUGCCUUACUUGUUUGACGCUUUACAAGACGUGCAAGUCGAUAGAAGUGUGAUCUCCCCGGAGGCUAACGAUGACCAGAUUCUAAAAGAACUUUAUAAGCUCAUGACGAGGCAGACUAGGGUUUUCGUUGUCCACAUGGCCUCACGUCUUGCUUCACGGAUUUUUGAGAAAGCUAAAGAGAUCGGGAUGAUGGAGGAAGGGUAUGUAUGGUUAAUGACCAAUGGAAUGACGCAUAUGAUGAGACAUAUCAACCAUGGUCGUAGCUUAAAUAAUAUAGAGGGCGUGUUAGGUGUGAGGAGCCAUGUCCCCCAAUCGAAAGAGCUCAAAGAUUUCGGCUUGCGAUGGAAUAAAAAGUUCGAAAAGGAGAAUCCAACGAUGAGAGAUGAUCUAACCAUUUUUGGAUUACGGGCGUAUGAUUCAACCACUGCAUUGGCCAUGGCCGUGGAGAAAACCAACAUAAGAAGCUUUCCGUAUGAUAAUGCGAGUGCGUCGUCAAAUAACAUGACAGAUUUGGGGAACCUAGGUGUCUCUCGCUACGGUCAAAGUCUUUUAAAUGCUCUCUCGGAAAUAAGAUUCAAUGGUUUGGCAGGAGAGUUUAAACUCAUAGACAAGCAGCUCGAGUCACCAAAGUUUGAGAUCAUAAAUUUUGUAGGAAAUGAAGAGAGGAUUAUCGGAUUUUGGACACCGAGCAAUGGACUUGUGAAUGCAAAUUCAAACAAAACAACUUCAUUUACAGGGGAGAGGUUUGGUCCAUUGAUAUGGCCAGGGAAGUCGACUAUUGUUCCUAAAGGAUGGGAGAUACCAACUAAUGGUAAGAAGAUCAAAGUCGGUGUUCCUGUAAAGAAAGGCUUCUUCAAUUUUGUGGAGGUAAUCACAGAUCCUAUAACUAACAUAACAACUCCAAAGGGUUACGCCAUAGACAUCUUUGAAGCUGCUCUUAAGAAGUUGCCAUAUUCAGUCAUUCCACAAUACUACCGUUUCGAGUCUCCCGAUGAAAACUAUAUCUCUAACAUAUUAGUAAAAAUGAAACAGACUUUGGAUGCAGUUGUUGGAGAUGUAACUAUCACAGCGUACAGGUCUUUGUAUGCUGACUUCACGUUACCAUACACAGAGUCAGGAGUGUCUAUGAUGGUGCCGGUGAGAGACAAUGAGAAUAAGAACACAUGGGUGUUCCUCAAACCUUGGACCUUAGAAUUAUGGGUCACCACUGGUUGUUUCUUCGUCCUCAUUGGUUUUGUUGUGUGGUUGUUCGAACAUAGAGUCAACACAGACUUCCGUGGACCGCCUCACCACCAGAUCGGCACUAGUUUUUGGUUCUCUUUCUCCACCAUGGUUUUUGCCCACCGUGAGAAGGUAGUGAGCAACUUAGCAAGGUUUGUGGUGGUUGUGUGGUGCUUUGUGGUGCUUGUGCUCACUCAGAGCUACACAGCAAAUCUCACCUCUUUCUUGACGGUACAGCGUUCUCAACCAGGGGCCACAACUAUGAAAGAUCUCAUAAAAAAUGGGGACUAUGUAGGCUACCAACACGGGGCUUUCGUUAAAGAUAUUCUAAGAAAUGAGGGAUUUAAUGAUUCUCAGCUCAAGCCUUUUGGUUCUUCCGAAGAAUGCGACGCACUUUUGUCCAAUGGCAGUAUUUCAGUAGCUUUCGACGAAAUUGCCUACCUUAAGGCUAUCCUUUCUCAAUACUGCUCCAAAUAUGCCAUGGUUGAACCUACAUUUAAGACUGCUGGUUUUGGCUUUGCAUUCCCCAAGAAUUCUCCUUUGACAGGAGAUGUCUCAAGGGCUAUCUUAAAUGUGACUCAAGGAGGAAUGCGACACAUCGAGAACAAAUGGUUCAUGAGACAGAAAGAUUGUCCUGAUCCAAAGCCGCUCUUUCGCCAAAAAAUGCCCAAAUCAGCAAUAUUCCCUUGA